UGCUAGCGCCCUGCCUUUCUCCACAGUCACAGGAGCUCCUAACUUUUCAGGGCAGCAGCACGCGUCGCGCGCGCUCUCGGACCUUAUCUCACACUGCGGAGACUUCUUCUUGUUUUCCUUUCUGCUUGUUUUUCUUUUCCACUUCUCCCACGAGAUGUUGGCUGCGCUCGUGCGAGGAGAGCAUGUUUUGGCCUCACACUGCCGGACAAUUAAUAAUUAGGGGAACAUUGUAUUUUCUCUUUGCCUGACUGAUCACUGUCAACUCCGGGGCCAACACACGCGCUCUGUGCGCAGGUACUCAGACGGCCCCUGCACCGCAGCCCUGAGCUGAACACUGACUGCUGAAGAGUCGCGCAGGGAUUUUCUAUUAUUAUUGAUUUCAGCUUAGAGAGAAACACACACAGAGUGAUCGAUCUGUUGGGAUUGGUUUUUCCAGUGGCUUGCAGGGUUGGAUCUGAACUUGGAUUACGGAAAGCUCUGAGAUUUUAAGAAAAAGGGGGCUGUUGGAGGUUUUCUUCACCAUGAAGCUGGAUGCUAUGUGGACCCUGCUCAUCCUCCUGGGACUGUCCAGCUUGACCUCGGGGAAUACAAUCAGCAGCAAUGAAGUGGUUGCUGCUCCUCGAGUCUUCAUCUCCUUUAAAGAGCUAAGGUCUACCGGUACGGCUCAUCACUUCGCCUACCUGCUCAAUGCAUCUGACUACAGGAUUCUUCGAAUGGAUGAGGACCAUGACCGAAUGUAUGUUGGCAGCAAGGACCACAUUCUCUCCCUAGAUCUCCAUGACAUCAACAAAAGCCCACACAUUAUACAUUGGCCAGUGUCUGAACGAAGGCGAACAGAAUGCCUUGUGAGUGGGAAAGAUGCCAGUGAGGAGUGUGCAAACUUUAUCCGCUUGAUAGAGUCGUGGAACCGGACACAUCUGUAUGUCUGUGGAACGGGAGCCUACAAUCCAGUCUGCACCUUCGUCAACCGCGGACGUAAACCUCAGACGUCCAUGUAUCUUCAGAUGGCCGAGGCCAGGGGAAGGGCUAGCCGCGCGGCCGAACCCAGCGCGGUGCACGAGACACUUGGACUUAAGGAAGAGAUUUUCCACUUGGAGCCUGGAAAAGUGGAAUCGGGGAAGGGGAAGUGCUCCUAUGACCCGAAGCUCAACAGCGUGUCAGCUUUGAUUAAUGGAGAGCUGUAUGCUGGUGUCUAUGUUGACUUCAUGGGAACCGACUCAGCCAUUUUCCGUACUUUGGGGACAAAAACUGCUAUGCGAACUGAUCAGUACAACUCCAGAUGGUUGAAUGAUCCCACUUUCAUCCAUGUGCAUCUUAUCCCGGACAGUGCGGAGAGGAACGAUGACAAACUCUAUUUCUUCUUCCGAGAGAAGUCAACUGAAAUGGGUCAGAGUCCGGUGACCCAGUCCCGCAUUGGACGAAUCUGCCUGAAUGAUGAUGGAGGUCACUGCUGCCUGGUCAACAAGUGGAGUACGUUCCUGAAAGCCAGGCUCAUCUGCUCAGUGCCCGGGACCGACGGCAUGGAAACACACUUUGAUGAGCUCAGAGAUGUUUACAUCCAGCCAACACAGGACACCAAGAACCCUGUCAUCUUUGGAGUUUUCACUGUUUCUGGUUCUGUGUUCAAAGGCUCGGCUGUUUGCGUGUACUCUAUGGCCGACAUCCGCAUGGUCUUCAACGGACCCUUUGCCCACAAAGAAGGUCCUAAUUAUCAGUGGGUUCCCUACACAGGGAAGAUUCCCUACCCUCGUCCCGGCACGUGUCCUGGAGGUACAUUCACACCCAGCAUGAAGUCAACAAAGGAUUACCCUGACGAAGUGAUCAACUUCAUGAGGAAUCAUCCUGCUAUGCACAAUGCCGUAUACCCAGUGCACAAGCGCCCCCUGGUUGUCAGAACCAAUGUAGACUAUGAGUUCACCAGCAUCACAGUGGACCAGGUGACGGCUGCUGAUGGCAACUAUGAGGUGCUCUUCCUGGGAACUGACAAGGGAUCAGUUCAGAAAGUUAUUGUCCUGCCCAGAGAUGACCUGCAGACUGAGGAGCUGGUUCUGGAGGAGGUGGAAGUUUUCAAGGUCCCCACUCCUAUAACAACGAUGAAGAUCUCAUCGAAACGGCAACAGCUAUAUCUAUCCUCUGCUGUGGGCCUAACCCAGAUGGCCCUGCACCGCUGUGAUGUGUACGGUGAGGCCUGUGCUGACUGCUGCCUGGCCAGAGAUCCUUACUGUGCCUGGGAUGGCAAGUCCUGCUCCCGCUACUCUGUCUCACAGAAGAGGCAAUACUGGUCUGACCCCUUUAGACGAAGCCGGAGACAGGACGUCAAAUAUGGGAACCCCAUCCGACAGUGCAGAGGCUUCAACUCAAACGCCAAUAAGAACACUCUUGAGAUGGUGCAGUAUGGCGUAGAGGGAAGCAGCACCUUCCUAGAGUGUCAGGCCCGAUCUCCGCAUGCUAUCAUCAAAUGGCAUCUGCAAAGAGACAACAGUGACCGCAAGAAAGAGCUGCGCUCCGAUGGACGGAUAUUGAAGACGGAACAAGGUCUGCUGCUGCGUUCUCUUCAGCAAUCGGACUCCGGCAUGUACCAGUGCACGGCCACAGAGAAGAACUUCAAACACACAUUGGUCAAACUACAGCUGGUUGUGCUGUCAGGCCGUGCUGUCAACAACGCCCUGGUAGAUGGUGGCGGAGGGCUGGUUCCGUCGUCCCUCCACUCCAGCGGCAGCCAGUGGACCCCCAGUGCUGGCCAGUACAAGGACUUGCUGACCAUUCUGAGCCAGCCCGAGAUGAGCCUAAUCAAUCAGUAUUGCCAGGAUUACUGGCAAUUUGGAGACCCCCUGCUAGGAGCCCUCAAAGCCAAAGACCUGAAGGAGCUCAAGGAGCAGAAGAAGCCCCGCAACCGUCGGCAUCAUAGGCAGCGAAAGGAGGAAGAAGAGCAGCAGGGAGCAGAAACAUGAGGAAACUGACUUUGUGUUUGAAACAUCUUCAACACAGCUUUCCCCCCACCCGCCUUCACCCCCACAAAAACUGGGGAAAGACUUGGUGAGAGUAGCAGCUUCUAAGAAAAUAAUCUGAAAACUGAAUGAAAAAGGCUUCCAAACAAACCCCCCAUACACCCCCAUCAACAGUAAGAUAUAUGACACAGUAUUUAUUGUAGGUUGUAAAUAGUAUCAUUCUGUGGAUUUCUUUGUACUUACAGGAAAAAAAGACAUGGUCUUUGUGUAUAGGUACCAAUGGGGGGCAAAUAUUGUUAUUGUUGAUUUUAAUGUUACUGUCGUUAGGAAAGUCAUUUGUCAGCAUCGUGUGAACUUUGACCUACGGGAACAUGUUAUGGAGCAUGAGCUGUUCAGACUCAGAGCAAACUAUACGACAAAGUGUCUGUGUGAGAUGUGUUGCUGAGAACAGGUGAUGGGAGCCUUUUUGUACUAUCAUGAUUUUUUUCUGGACACUCCAGAGGAGCCUGUAAUGUAACCCCCCUGUGGCUGCAGACCGACAGACUGACUAAAUGAUGGAAGAGGAUCAAUGAAAUGUAGUCCUGGUUAUUGUUGGGAAACUCUUCUUUCUCAGUGGGAACCAUUGUAGGGUUUUUCUAUUAUGUCUCUGUAGAUGGGAGGACUAAUUGUAAAGCAAUGUGUACUGUUUAUGCAUACCAGGACAGUUAUUAAUUGGGAAUGUAAGAGAUUUAACAAAAAAAAAGAAACCAACUUAUGUUUACUUUCAAAAAGUAAAAAUUCCCCCAUUGUGUGUUGCCUUACACAAAUUUUCAAUCAGCUUAACUUUUUCACAUUAUUUAACAUUACAGAGACCUAGAUGUGUUAAAGGUAUAGUGUAAGAUUUUCACAAAUUUUUUAAAAGACCCGCCCUCUAAAAUAAAAAAAA